AUGUGUAUUGUUUACGCCUUGGUGGUCCAUGUACUGCUUCUGGGCUCGAUAUUUGUGAUAUACUUUCGAUCCCCCGUUAUCAAUGGCCUGAAGCCGCAUACACCAUUUAUUGGAUACGGACUGGAAGCCCCGGCGAAUCGUAUGGUUCUGAUUGUCACAGAUGGACUCCGCGCCGCUUCGUUUUUCGAAGACAAUUGCCGGCAUGUGCCGCAUCUGCGGGAGAUAUUCAUGCGCGAAGGCUUGGUUGGAAUAUCUCGCACGCUGUUGAAAUGCUGGAAGGAGAAUCCCAUUGACUUUGACACGGUGCUCAAUCGCUGUGGUCACAGCUAUUCCUGGGGAGCUCCAGAUAUUCUGAACAUAUUCCAAAAGCUGGCCGGCGAGAACGACCCCCGAAUGUACUUCGAUGCAUACUCUCAUGAUAUGGACUUCUCGGGAAAGCACAAAACCUACGAGCUGGACGAAUGGGUGUUCAGGCAAGUGCGGUUUCUCCUUAACCGAAAGAAGGAUGAGUUGCGCAAAUACCAACCGAAAACAGUCUACUUGCUGACCUCCGACCACGGCAUGACUGACUCAGGCUCGCAUGAAUCUGGCGCCCCACAUGAAACCGAAACACCCUUCAUGCUCUGGGGCGCAGGAGUUUCCCGUAUCGCUUCCACUGUGGGAGCCCGCAAAUUUGUGGCCAAUGAUGAGGGCCUCCAGUUACCGCUCCACGAGCUGGAGCAGGCACAACUGACACCACUGAUGUCCGUGCUGGUAGGCCUGCCUCCUCCAAUGAACAAUUUAGGGACACUGCCGACCGGCUACAUGGCUGUGAGUGAGGAGUACAAGGCCAUGGCUGCUCACAGCAAUGCUCUCCAGUUGCUAGCUCAAUACGAAAAGCUGCUGGAGCAGCACAGGCAAGGGUUCUUCGCUGACUUUCUGAACAAUUUCGAUCAGCUGUCGCCGGAGGAUGACUAUAUGUUCUAG